AUGGAAAUGGGGGUGCUUGCUAACCCGGUUAACGGGACAAUGCCUCACAAUCCCGGAAUGCCUCAUACGCCAGGAAUAAACUACGUCAAUGGCAUGGCAUACCUCGAUCUCGGCACAGCCCCAGCAUCUGUUAUAUCUCGAUUUUCGGACUACCAACGCCAGUUCAACGCGUUAUCCCACUCUCUCAACGAGCUAUUAGCUCGCGACUCCCAGCUAAGACGUAAAUACCGCUUUAUUCAACCAGCAGACUCGCGGUGGCUUUUGCCAUUAAAUCAUUCUGAUGCUUCUGGAAUGAACAGUCAGUUGACCGAUGCUGUUCGUCGCUUGGAUAUGCUUGUUGUGAGGCAACGAUUGGAUUCAAGAGCAGCCGCGCUCGAAGAGCUCUUGCUUGGCGACCACAGUCGCACAGAAUCGCACAUGAACCCCCUGUCAGACCGGAUAAAGUUCCCGGAAGUCACCUCAGUCUCAUUAUCAGGCAUCGCCCUUCAACAGCAUUCCUCCUCUUACGACAAAAUGCGCUACACGAACGAGAAGAACGAUAGCGCUGGUCAACAAAUUCAAUUCCAAUCAAUGGACGAUCACCUUCAAGACAAAUACCGCCCCCAGCAAGAUGUACAAGACCAGCGGAUGACCCCUCAGCAUCACAGUCCGUACAGUCACUCGCCCAUACCAAACAGCCAGAUGACGAUCGAGCCUCAAAUCACACAGAAUGGCGCACCUCCACGUUCAAUGCAGAUUGGAUCAGAUGGCCAAAAAUCCCCAUCAAUGGUUGUGAAAGGACAAAAGAAGAAGUUCGCUUGUCAUAUCUGCGGAAAGGAGUACAAUACGAAGCAAUAUAUCAAGCAGCAUGUCCAAAGUGUACAUAAAGACCUCAAAGAUCAAACAGUCACUAUAAACAACAAAACUCAACUGACCCAAGUAACUCCACCCAGUGCGCCUAUCGCAUCAUCGGCACAGUUUAUGCAGAAGCUUCAUGUUUGUCACGCAGACGGAUGCGGCAUGAAGUUUCCCACCGCUUUGUUGCUGCAAAAGCAUCAGCGAAACGUGCACGGGCAACAACAGCCGACGCAACACAUGCUUAGUCCACAGCAAAAUAGUCACAACGGUCAUUCUGUCACCACUGUAAAACAUGAUUCGACUCAGCUGUCUCUGCAGAACGGGCAGAAUGCUGUUGUAGCAAUGGAUCCUUCGCCGAAAGCACUCGCCCCAUUCGUCCCAGAGGAACAACAAAACAUGGUCGAGUGCGAAGAAUGCGGAAAGCAUGUCAGAGAGACCUCCCUAGCCGCACAUAAGAAACGCCACGAGCUGGCGGCGAAGAGGCCUUUCAAAUGCGAAAUUUGCGGAAAGGGUUUCAUGCGAACUGUCACGCUACGAGACCACAUGAACACUCAUAAUGGGGUGAAACCUCACAAAUGCAAAGUUUGCGGACGUGGUUGGGCUUCAAGGCCUAAUAUGCUGAAGCAUGUUCGCGAGAAACAUCCCGAAGCGCGCAUCCCUCCGAAAUCUAUCAAUGGAAUGAACGAAACCAUUGAACAGCAGGCGCCGCCCGAAAGUGCUCUCGACAUAAAAACUGACUCCGCUCGCCUUAAUAUCAUGGAGUACUCAGACGGACCAGCCUCGCAAAUCAAUGAAAUCCGUACUCUUCCGUCCGCUCCUCCUUCUUAUACUAUCAACAAACCUGUGACAACGAUUCACAACUCUCCGAUUCAACUAUCAGAAAUGCCACAUUCGCGGGAUCCGCACACCAACCCUGGCGACAUCCAGUCUAUUCUUCAACGAAUGGGACCUCGAACAACGAGCCAGGGCCCCGUAAAUGGCAACUCGGUGUCAUACCUGAAUCGAACGUCAGACAUGACCAUGUCCCAAAUGGCCUCUCAAAGUCCUGUCUCAGUAUCUCAGUCUUUGUCACUGUCAAUUACUGAGCACUAG